AUGGAGGGAAAUGCCCACCUCCUCCAGGUCAUCCGCAAGAUGCGUUCCCAAAUCAACAAGCUGGAGAGGGAAAACAGGGCCCUGAAGGGAGAGCUGCAGGUCUGCGGGCAGAAGAGGGUUGUGCCACCGGAGAGAGAGGCAGCGAGAGGAGGUGGGGACAGCAAUGUGAGGAGCCCCGCCGGUGAUGGGGAAGGACCCGCUGGCUCUCCAGCAUCGCUGCAGGGAAGCAUCACAGCCAGUCCUGCUCUGGCACCAAAGGAGCAGACAGGUACCAGCGAGUCAGGGCUGUCUGGGGCUGUCCAUGGCACCCGCGAGUGCUGCCCGUGCAGGAUCUCCCAGCCUGGCUGUUACGUGUCUGCAGGGGGGUGGUGCCUGCAUCCCCCAAGAUACUGCCAUGACCGUGAGACGCUACCCCCCCAUCUCACCAGCUCCUGCUCCUUCCAGUGCAAGGUCCCACCGGGCUGGCAGGAAGCCUUCGAGCAACGGGUUCCCAGAGGUGCCAGGCAGUGCCUGGCCACUGACCCCCCUGCUGCAGCACAGCUCACCAGGGAGGAGGAGAAAGGGCUUGAAAAAUCACCGUCCAGCUGUCUCUCCUACAGCCACUCCAGCAACGUGAAGCUGUUUCAGGAGCACGUCUAUAGGUGCAGGGCUAAAGUAAAGGCUGUCAGCUUCCUCUUACCAGUGGAUAUGUCACCGUUUGCUGAAAAGCAAGGUUCCCUCAAAAGCCCAGAAAACCAGAGCACAAAACAUCUGAUGACCAUCGCUGAAAAGGAUAUGUGAGCCAGUGAAUUUUUAAAGGGCUAUUGAUUCCCCGAGAUAAACUGGCCUUAAAUGACAGCUGUGUGUCAGGUUCCUCCACUGCAAAACGCUCUGGCAGGAUGCCCACAGAGCAUCACCCAGCCUGUGUUUCGGGUCACGGCCCGAUGUUCAGCACAGAAAUGGAAGCCGUGGCAAGGUCGACUGCGAGCCCAUACGCUGUGAUGGAGCCACACAAAGCAAAGGUACCUCCACACAGUGCUUCUGGGCAACACAUCUCAAGGACCCCUUACCCCAGGACUGACGCAAACAGGCUGUUGAAGCUGGUUUUGAUGUGUUUUUGUCAUAAAAAGCAUAAUCUUUGUCACCGCUUGUGUUUGCUGAUUCCGUGGACAGGAGGGUAUUUGGUGCAAAUGACAAAGUAAGAGCUACUAAGGAGCCUGUGAGGUUUUCUCUGUAGGUAGGAUUUUCAAACUUCACAGCACUAAUACAGCAAAGUUAAGAAAGCACUACAGUCAGUUAAUGUCACCCUGAAUUUCUGCAAACCUUGGCAGUGACUGUUUAUGUUCAUUUGAGGUUCACCUCUAAGGGAGCCCAGGGGAAAGUAAGUACCCAUCGGUAUGAAAAUGUGACUACAAAUCUGUUUCUGACGUGGUGUGUUAACCCAGAUGGAGACUAAAGGCUGUGCACCGAGCCAAAAUAGGAAGAAUUGUGAGUAUCAGAAUUUUUCAGGAAUGCCUUCUCAGCACAGCUUGGAUCAAAAAUCAUUAGCAGAAAUUCAGCAAACAGGUGCAAAAUAAAUGUGAGAGAGAACUACAGACAGCUUGUAAAAAAUAAACAGUGCUUGUUAGUUUAAGUCAUAUGAGUAAAGAUAGUGUCCCAUGUGUUUAUUUUGAUUACAAGUAUUUAUGGUAUCAAAAUACUGCACAUUGCUAUUUCUUUAUGUACAGACAGCACUGAUGAUUGAAUUUUGUACAGAGAAUGCAUGAAGAGUAGAUGUUUGUACUGAUAACUUUAUGGAAGA